GGCAGCUGUUGGUAAUUUUUCUGUUGAUACUUUUUCUGUCUCCAAAGUUCCAAGCAGCUCCUCAGUGAGAAAUCAUGCCAUUGCAUUACUUUCUUAGAUAUUGGGCACCAAAUUGGGUGCAGCAGUCCAUUUGCGAAGCUGGUGAAGGCGAGGGUUGUGCUCCUUCUUUGUUCUUCUGAAUUCCCUCUAAGGAUAUUUCCAUCGACUAGCAUCUCUUGGUUUCAAAAGAGGAAGAGACGUUUUUCUACUGCGUGAUUUUUGCAAUGCUUACAAGACUCCUCCUGAUGGAUUCUGAACGGCAAGCGGCCUGCUCCCUUGAGGCGAAUAGAGCUCUGCUUUGUAAAAGGGGAGCUGUCACCUAAACCUUUGGUGAGGCGUCGGGACAGACCAGGUAAGGGAGCAAAUGGAAACUUUUAUUAUAACCUCACAAUUCUCACAAUUCUCCCUGGAUAGGACCUAGCACUGAGUCUUCCGUGUAUUUUGCUGUUAUUGUUAAAAUUCAAAAGGAAGCCCGGCUACUAGAGAUUAAUGUACUAUCAUACCAUUCUGAAAAACAAAAAUUAUGUUAGCAGGUUUGUAGUAAAGGAUACAUUUGCAAAGCUUCUUUUCUAUUAUAUUCAUUUGAUUUCAUUUCCUUCUUUCCUCAUAUGCCUUUUUUGUUUUCCUGAUUGUUGUCCGAUAUGAAACUCAAUGAUCCCAGGCAGUGCUUUUUGUCUAUAAAACAAUUUUUUUAGGAAUACUCUCAUUUUCCUACGCAUAUUGAAAUACUGCCCCUCAAUGAGGCCACAUUUAGACUCACAAAAUGAUUAGGAGUAUGUGCACCCCUGCGUACCGCCAGGAAAAAAUCACUGAUCCCAGGGCAUUGUUCCCUGAAAUUGUGUGAUGGCUGGUUGCUCUGAUACAAUACAAUAAAAAGGAGCUGAAACAAUGAGUAGAGAGUUACGCCUUUGAUCGCCUUUCCACAUUUGUUUCAUUUUCUAGUCGCCAGCCUGUUGACCCUGUUUGAUUUUCUGCCAAAUCCUCAAGGCGCCACUGAUGGGAAGAGAUACUUUCGGUUCUUGUAACACAGCUGCUGCCCUGCUGUAACCCCUAAACACUGCACAGGGUUUAAGGUUCAUCUUGUGUUUGCCAAACUUGCCAUAUAAAUAAACUCUUCCUUUGAAGCAGAGAAACAAUGCUUUUAUUAAUUUGUUUGUUUAUUUAAACCCUACCUUUCUGCGUUGCGGGACAUCAGUCAUUUAAAAACAAGUUGAAUGAAUACAACUUAAAAACAAGAUUAAAAUACAACAUUAAAAUAUUGAAACAUUAAAAUAUUAAAAUGCAGCCUCAUCACAGGAGGAGAAAGGAAAAAGAAAAAAGAAAAAAGAAAGAGGGGGAAGGAAUCAAAUUGGCUCCAAGCCAGAGGCCAGGCGGAACAACUCUGUCUUACAGGCCCGGCGGAAAGAAAUCAGAUCCUGCAGGGCCCUGGUCUUACGAGACAGAGCUUUCCACCAGGCCAGAGCCAGUGUUGAAAAGGCCCUGGCUCUGGCUGAAGCUAAUCUAACUUCCUUAGGGCCCAGGACCACUAGGGUGCUGCUAUUUAUGGACCUUGAGGCUCUCUGUGGGGCAUACCGGGAGAUGCAGUCCUGUAGAUACGAGGGUCCUAGGCCGUGAAGAGCUUUAAAGGUCAAAACCAGCACCUUAAAUCUGACCCUGUACUCCACCGGGAGCUAGUGCAGCUGGAAAAGCACUGGGUGAAUAUGCUCCCAUGGCAGAGACCCCGUGAGGAGCCUCGCUGCAGCAUUCUGCACCCGCUGGAGUUUCUGGGACAGCUUCAAGGGCAGCCCCGCGUAGAGCGAAUUACAGUAGCCAAGCCUGGAGGUGACCGUGGCAUGGAUCACUGUGGCCAGGUCAGGGCGGGAAAGGUAAGGGACCAACUGCUUGAUGCGGCGAAGGUGGAAAAAUGUCGCCUUGGCUGUUGCUGUAACCUGCGCCUCCAUGGAAAGGGAGGCGUCAAGGAUUACACCCAAACUCUUAACGGAAGGCAAUGGCGCUAAUUGUGAAGGAUCUUUCUUUCUAGCCUUAUCUGAUACUAGGAGCAUCAGGGACACUGCAAGAGUCAAAUGACAGCAGGAAAAAAGAUUUUUUAUUUUGUGAAGCAAUUGCUUGGACACAAAGGCACAGACCAGCUCAUGCUCGGAGUCUGCCCACCUCUUUUGGGCGGGCCAGCCUUUUUAUACCCUUUAGAAUGCAAGAAAACACAUGUUUUACAAGAAAUGGCAUCAAAUUUAGCUAUCGGGACUCCUACACUAUGCUUGGGUUUUCACAUGUUGCUUAUGCUUAUGCUUCUCUGCUUCUUUGACAGUCAUAUAUGGACAUGUGUGGUUGUCUUCAUAUGUGAGCUGUGACAGUUAAAAGGUUUCUAGAUGAGUCUGUUGUCACCCACAAUCAGAAAUAGCGAGAGGGAGAACUAAGUCAUUGUGAAACGGAAAAUCCGCCCCACUUCACAGUGGGGAAGAGAUGUGGUGGACCGCGUGGCUACCCACUCUACUUUGGGGGCAGGGGACUUAGUCCCCUGUUGCCUGGGGGAUCCCGGCCAUGUCAGUGACCGGCCAGCCAAUCCUGACGGGAACACCAGGGGAAGCUCGUGUUGGUAUGCAUCAACAGGGCUCCCCCUUCCAGUGGUUUACCCUUACUGGACUCUCUGUGCAUCAGGCAGGAGUCAGAUAUAGUCAGGUCCAUUCAAUGCCUAAGCCAAUACCGCUCACAUUCUGUAAUCAAUAAAGGUGUGGCCAAAAUUUGCCCAAUAACAUUAACCUAAUAUCUGUGUCCUUGUGUGAGUUUUUUCUCAAUGCAGGUGUGGCUUUAGGGUCUUGACACGCAACUUGACUAGCUUAGUUCUCUAUUUUGGUAGUUAUUCAUUAAUUGAGGUGUUUUAAUUCAUUUAUAUGCCACGUUUCUGAAUGUAAAAACAAACAAACUUCUAAUGCAACUUACAUAUUAAAAGAAAGUAUAUAAACGAUGCCAGUAUAACCAACCUUGAAAAUACAAAUAAAUCAAUUAAAUAACAGAUUGUUCAUUAAAAAAAAAUCAGAAGUAAAAGGUCCCCACAUCUGAAUAAUGUUGCCUAUCUAAAAGCCACCUGAAAACAUUUUCACGGGUUGCUGAAAUGGUUUGAAUGUGGUGGACUUGCCGACAUCAACAGGUGAGGCGUUCCAGAGCUGUGCAGGAAAAAAAAUUCCUCUUCUUCCCACCAAUCUCACUGUCUUUGGUGACAGGAAAACGAGAAUGGUCUCUGUGUAGAUCUUUGAGAGCAGACAGGACAAUAUGGGUUGAAGGGGUCUUUCAGAUGACUUAGGCCUUGACUCCCCUGAUAUACCCAGUCUAAAAGAACUCCCAAGCUGUGGACAUGAUCUUUCUGUGGAAGGUGGGAGUCACCCCAUCUUGGACCAGCUGUAAACCAGCUGGGAGUUGGAUGUGAUGGUUUGUACUUGGUGCUGGGAGGCAAACACAGGACUGGGAUCUCAUUGGUAGACCAUCCACACCACAGCUCAACUACCUCCCUGAGUUGCCAGGGGCAGUCCCUGGCAUGGUGUUGGAAAAGCCAAGGACAUUAGUUCUGGGGGCUUCAGUAUCCAUGUUGAUGCUGCCUUGGCUAGGCCAUCUCUGGACUUCAUGGCAGUAUUGACAACCACAGCGCUGUCUCAAUGCAUCAUCCACCCAGUGCGUAAUGCAGGUCAUCCCCACUAGAUCUACUUUUCACUACAGAGGGUAUUAGAAGUAAUAAUAAUAAUAAUAAUAAUAAUAAUAAUAAUAGUAGUAAAUUUUUAUACCCUGCCCAUCAGGCUGGGUUUCCCCAGCCACUCUGCGCAGCUUCCAUCAAAAGAUUAAAAAUACAUUAAAACAUCAGUCAUUCAAAACUUCCCUAAACAGGGCUGCCUUCAGAUGUCUUCUAAACCUUAGAUAGUUGUUGAAUGCUUUGGCAUCUGAUGGGAGGGUGUUCCACCUGUUCUCCUGGACAGGUGUUUGUGUGAAUAUUACCCUGUUGUCACAGAAAAAUAUCUCCCUGGUUUCACUGUGUAAUGUUCAGAUGGAAAGCACCGUCAAUACGAUCAUGCCUAAGCACCUCUCUGGCCAGGGGGAGUCCAGGAGGCUCCUUGCUCUACUGAGGAGCUCUAGCUUCUUAAAGAGGCUGGACAUCAGCUAGAGUGUGGGUGAUGCAAGUAUUGGUGUGAAUCUGACCUAACAGAGGUACGAGUACACAGACAUUCUUUCAUAGACAAUGUGACACUGGCCCUGUAUGCACUGGCUGCCAGUGAGCUACUGGGCCCGAUUAACAGUGUUAGCACUGGCCUUUGAAGCCCUAAAUGACUUGGGAUCCAAGUACCUAACAGAGUGCCUUCCCCCAACACCAACCACCUUGGACCUUGUGAUCAAGCGAGUGAGACCUUGAUGGUGGCUGAAGAAUGCCCACUCAUUUGGCAGCUGAGGCCUCCUGAUCCUGACAAGCCCUAGAUCACUGGAUGAAAGACUGAGAUUGUUUUCAGAAUGUAUUAACUGUUAUAAAACCUUUUUGCUUGCUACCCUGGGUUCCUUAAGGAAGAAGGGCAGAAUUAAAAAAAGAAACCCAAUAAAUAAUUUAAAAAUGAUAAUAACCACCUGGAUUUAAUGUCAGGUUGUUUCCCUCUCGUUAUGUACUGAAGUUCUGGCCCAGGCUGAUACUGUAGAUAGUUAUGCAAGUAAGGGAUCGAAAGUGACGUUCAGUGAUUGGAUAGUUUUAGAAAAUCGUUACAGUUACGUUGUACUGGAGCUCUAUAUAAGCAGGCUGACUGAACCCUUCUAUUCUGGCCUGUGAAUAAACAAGAGCUGUUUGAAGAAUCGCUGUGUCAUCUGAUAUGUUCACCCACAACUUAACACCUUUGUUCAUCCCAAAAUUGCCCUCCUGCAAUGUAGUCUAUGGCUAAGAUAUAUUUUUUUGGUUCUGUCUGGAGGGGAGUUCCACCAAUGGACCCAUUCCUGUCCUGCUCCCAUGCAACUGGUUGGCCAUUGGUGAGAAAAGGAUAAUGGACACGAUGGGGGCCAUUUCUGAUACCGUCAUGUUCAUGUUUCCCUUUUCCUUUUCCUCCGUGCUAUAUUUUCCCAGCUGAUUUGUAUACCAGAGGCCUCUUUUGCCUAGCUUGGCAAUCGCUAAUGGUUUUAAACAAAUAAAUUUGACUUGACUUCAUGCAUCUCCAGCGCCAUAGUUUUUCUCCUUUGCUUAAAUUCCAUCUCACCCCCUAACAAGGAGCACCAGUGGUAAUGGCAAAGGUAGUGGAGAGUUUGUACAGCUUUGUACACCUCCUACUCAGAGAGUUUGUACACCUCCUACUCAGCUGCCCUACAACUGAGUAGGAGGAGGCAGGCGGACGUGUGGCUCAGGCGCACUGCAGGCCCCGCAGUGAGUGCCGCCUGGCAUUUUGUCACCCCCCUCAGUGGUGACACCCGGGGCGGACCACCCCCACUGCACCUCCUUCCUCCACCCCUGCUUUGAAGGUCACCUGGUCCAAGCCCACCUUAGGGCAGGAUAGCCCAAGUGAAGCAUCUCUUCUUACUCCUCCUGCACGUCUCCCACACAGGGCUUCUUAUAGCCCUGGAACAAAAACCUUGUACAGUAGAAUAUUUCCCCAUAGUGGGGCAUUAGCAAAAGAGCUGGCAAAGAGUAUCUCACUUUUGAGCACUUUUUAAGCCCAGGUUGCCAGAAGAAAGCCUUACUUAAGCACCUUUCACGUUUGUGACACAGGAAGGAGUCGAGUGUUCUACCACACAGAUUAUGGGGAAUUAGCUACUAGCUGUGAUGACUAUGCUCUGUCUCCACAGAAGGAGGAAAUAAUUCUUCUGAAUAAUAUUAGCUAGAAACUGCAGGAACUACAGGCAUCUGGCUGGCCACUGUGAGAACAGGAUUGUGGACCAGGUGGGCCACUGGCCUGAUUCAGCAGGCUGUCCUUAUGUUCUUAUGACCAUAGUGCUGUAAUACUGAAAAUCAUGAGAACUUUAAAUGCAGGGCAAAGGCACUGAUAAGAAGCUGGCCAUAACAGUUUAUGAGGAAACUGUUGCAAUCUGUUGCUUCUGUUGCAAUCAGUAUUUUCUCCCGAAAACCCUUUGUGCAAUCGCCUUCUCAGCAGACCCUGAUCCCAUGAAACUCAUUCAACUAUCACACUAUUAUUAAUAUUUAUUAAAUUUGUAUAUCGCCCUUCAUCCAAAGAUCACAGGGCAGCUCACCACAUUAAAAAAUGAGAACACGAAAUACAUAAUAAAACAGAAACCAAUAUCCUCCCAGAAACACAUUUCAAAGAGCAUUUCAAAGUUCAAUCAGCCCAAGGUCUAGUUGGAGGAAAACAAUUUUGCCUGGCGCCAGAAGAUCUGUAAUGAAGGGUCUCAGAGAAGCCUUCAAUCCCUUCAUUUCUGCCUCCCACUAUGACUCCUGAAAAGGGUGGGUGGGGUGGGGUUCAGAUUAACCCUCCGUGCACUCAAGGAAUGGGGUAGGCCUGUCCCCAGCUGCCAAUGGGACCUGCAGCCAGAUACAUACCCUCCAACAUAGCCCAGAUGACAAUAGGGACAUUUCUCACUCCCCACCCCACAACUGACCCUCCUCAACCUCCCAUUUUUGUGCCCCCCACCCAGCAUUUCCUAUCAUAAGAAGGGUGGCCUCCACCCCCAUUACACCAACAGGACACAGCACAACCUCCCCUAUCCUGAGAAAACCCCUCAGUCCUGACUUUAUCUUCUUUUGUAGAUUUACGAAAAAGAAAAGCACACGCCAAUAAAUACAUUUUAGAAAGGGGCAAGAUUAGACGUGGGCGCACAAAGCAUCAUCAUCAUCAAGACCCCUUUCUUUCUUCCCUCCCUGCCCCCUGCCUGCCCCUCAGAGGGGGCGCAUCAUGUGGGGCUGGGCCUCAGUGGUGGCAGCCUCUCCCCAAGGGAGGAGGCCAGCAGCAGUGGCCAUGGAAGAGGCCGGGGAGAGGCAACAGGGUGGUCCCUUGCCACCUUCGCUCGGGAGAAGCACCGGCUCAUCCUCCUCCCUCAGCUCAGUGGUGGCAGCCCUGGCGGGAGAAACAGGGACAUUCCAGGAUCAAAGCAGAAGCCAGGGUGGCUUUCGUAAUUCCAGGAGUGUCCCUGGAAAAUUGGGACUCUUGGAAGAUAUGCUGAUACUCUGUCAGCUGCCCUUAACCACAGUCAUAGACUAAUAGUAAGUAUGUUAGUGAUUAAGGUGGCAAAAAUAGCCAGCCGACUGGAGGGAGCGUAUACAAAAAAAACGAGGUCAAAAUGGGGAAUUUCUAAUGCUGAGGCAUUCUUCUUUAGAUCCGCUUCUGUAGAUUUACUUCUCGUUUCAGAAUAAAGUGCUUGUGCUUUACUUCUGCUUUUAUCUUGGAUACCAAUGAAGUAAAUCAAUGUGGGUAUGUGGGUGGGUGCAUUAAAUAAGAUUUAAGUUAGAAACAUUAGUGCCUAUUAUUUCUGCUUGGACACUCAACUGCCCCUUCACGGGCUAGUCAAGGGUUCAGCUCGAUUCACCCCAGAAGGAUGGGGCUGGUUUUAGAGGAGAGGAAGGCAACCUCAUGCUACAGGUGGACUGGAGGAAGCCAGUCCAGGGCAUUCAGUCUGGACUUAGGGGGUCAAAGGCCCUGUUUGGGGAGGAGGGAUCGAGGGAGGGUGCCUUCAAGGGAUCCUUCCCCCAGCCUUGCCCCGGUCUGCCACUUCACCCGCAGAGGGGCAAGGUAGGUGGGACCCAUGGACGACUGAUGUUCAGGUGAUGCUCAGGCAGGUGCAGCCCCAGGAGGAGCCCAGGGCUACAAAUGUGUUUGACGUGUCAGUGGUCAAUGCAUCAAUGCAUCUUGCACUGCACAUUGUUUGCUGCAGCGAGUUGUGUUCUUCUUCAUUGCACAAACUGAGUGAUUUAGUGCUGUUACGGAAAAAUUCUGGGUGCAGGUUUACUCCGCUGCCCAGCUGGUCAGGGUGCCACUCCCCGCAGGUUUCUCCUGGUUAGCAAAAGAAGGAAUCUCCAACCAAGUAAAGAAGCAAAUCAGCGCUCAGUAGACCUGAUCUUUAUUGUUGCAACAAGGUUCACACACGCAUGGAGUAGGAACCCCGAGCAUGGGGUUUCAUGGACUUUAAGACCUUCCCCCCUUCCCAUAAUACAUUUCCAGAUACAUCCCCAACGUGUCACCAAGGAGGAGGGGAUCUUGCGUGGUAACAUGAGUCCAUCAUUCAUCCCCAUAUCAGAUUCAGACACCUUCUAAGUACCCACCACCAAGAGAAGAAUAAAACUAUUUACACCUAUCCUUGCCCUCAGGGCUUUCCUGAAGAUGGGCUUUGUGAACACCUGGCUUCAGCAAACUCCAUCAAAGGCUAUCUGUGUGGUCCAUUGUUAUCUUUUCCUCACUCUCUGGGGAGGGGGGAGGUGUAUGUGACUGUAUGCCUCAGGGAUUAUGGAGGCAGGGAAAGCCCUGGAUUCCCCUCUUCCAGAGAAGUCAUUAGCCACUGGAACCAAGGAAAUGGGUCAAACUGUUGAAUUUUGGCGAUUAUUUGCUUCUAUAUUGGAUAGUCGCAGGAAACAGUAUGAUACCUGGUAGCCACUUAUUGCUACAGCUUUAUAGACUACGUUUUAGAGGCUGCGGUGGGGACUUGGGAUUUUGGGGAAGUCGUUUAACUCCCCACCCCCACCCAGUUCCUGUUUUUAACAGUUCUAGGUACUUUACAAAUUCUUAAAAGUUUCGUUUUGAAGUUUCUUGUUUAAGUUUCGUUUCCACAAAGCCUCUCCCUCUCUGCCUCCAAAUUUCUCAAACAAGAUCUCACAGUCUGGGCACUUAGCCCAAGACCUCAUAAUUAGCGAAGGCAGGGGAGGAAACUGCAGCUGUGGGACAAAGGGGAAGCCCUCUGUCUUCCAUUCCCUGACUUGCAGUGGUAAACAUGAAGAAAAACACAUACCAUGUGUCAUGGUUUCUUCGUGAAAUGGCUGCAGCCACCCAGUAGAAGAGAGGCAAAGGAAAAAUGGACUUGUCCUCAUGAAUGUGAGCACUGUCUGCAUGGAAUGGCAGCAGUGGGGAAUAUCUUGGGGCCUCAAAAUUUGGCGUCCCUUGCCCUCCAUUCUACAAAAUAGUUGUGGUGGCCUCUGCUGCACCCCCAAGGCUCUGUCCCCUCCCCAAAUCUGCCCCGAUGUCCGGCAGGAGUUCAAAUUCUCACAGGCCCUGAAUAUAAAGAUGAGAAGGGUAAAAAUAAUAAUCUUGGUUACCAAGCCCUAAGAGUUUGUAGGAGCUGAAGGUGGGGCUAUGAGGAAAAACCAGCUUAUUUGGACUUGCCUAGGCAGGAUGCAAGCUGUUCCAACAUUCAUUAAGAGCUUAUGCUCCAAGGUAUAAUUCAACCCAUGUCAUACCGGCAUCCGUAAGAAGCUUUUCAACAAAUGCCAAGACUGCUGUGUGCUUGUUUUAGAAAUACAGUGGUACCUCGGGUUAAGAACUUAUUUCAUUCUGGAGGUCCGUUCUUAACCUGAAAUUGUUCUUUUUUUAAAAUAACUUUUUUAUUCAAAAUUAAAACAAAACUUAUUAUCCAGAAACAUAUCAUCCUUAUUUUUCCCCCAUUUUUCCUCCCUCCCCUCCCUCCCCCCACAGCCCUCAACUUCCCUCAGUUCCAGUCUUUGAUUUCCCUAAAAAUGCUGUUUUCUGCAUGUUACACAGUUGUAUAGAUCCUCAAACUAUUUAGCUGAUUAUUAUCAAUAAAAAAGUUUGUGAAUGUUUAUUCAAAACCAGCCAAGAAGUCCAGUUCGCUUUGUUGCGUCUUUAAAUACUUUGUAAAGGGUUCCCAUUCAUCUUUAAAGUCACAGUUAUCCUUGUCCCAUAGCUUAUAUGUCAAUUUUGCUAGUUCUGCAUAGUCCAUCAAUUUUUCUUGCCAUGAUUCUUUAGUUGGGGUUUCUUCAGUCUUCCAUCCUUGUGCUAUUAAAACUCUCACGGUCGUUGUCGCAUACAUGAAGAUGUUUUUCAGCUUUUUUGGCAGAUCUUUCCCUACAAUCCCUAAUAAAAAUGCUUCAGGUUUUUAACAAAUGUUAAAUGGAACAUUUUCUUCAAUUCGUUGUAUAUCAUUUCCCAAUUUUUUAAAUUACUUUACAAUCCCACCACAUAUAAUAAAAUGUCCCCUCCUUUUCCUUACACUUCCAACAUAUAUUUGAACUAGUUUUGUACAUUUUCCCUAACUGCACUGGUGUUGUGUACCAUCUGUACAUCAUCUUCAUGUAAUUCUCCUUCAAUAGGGAACAAUCUGUAAAUUUUAAAUCAGUUUUCCAUAAUUUUUCCCAAUCUUCCAUCAUAAUGUUGUGACCUACAUCUUGUGCCCAUUUAAUCAUAACUGAUUUUACCUCUUCAUCUUUUGUCUCCCAUUCUAAUAGUAUGCUGUAUGCAGCCUUCAGUAAUUUCACUUUCACUUCAAUCACUUCCAUUUGAAACCUAGAUCUUGUAUAACUAAAUCCUUUAUUGCUGUCUUCUUUAUGCGUUUCAUAUAGUUGUCGAUGCAACCAACGCUGAAAGUGGUCUUUGAUCUCAUCAUAAUCUCUUAAUUUCCAUUUUCCAUCAUGUUCCUUUAAUAAAUCUAAUGGGGCCUCCCACUGCCUUCGCACCGCCAGCGCACGAUUUCCGUUCUCAUCCUGAGGUAAAGUUCUCAACCCGAAGUACUACUUCCUGGUUAGCAGAGUUUGUAACCUGAAGUGUUUGUAACCCGAGGUACCACUGUAAAGAGAAGCAGAAGGUUGGGCAGUGCUGCAUUAUAAAUGCAAUAAAGGACAUAUUUACAUUUUAUUGCAUUGUUUCCUGUAGAGGAGAAGUGGGGAUCAUCCCUCAUGAUUGGCCAGUCUGGCUUCAGAAUUAUGCUUUGUGUGGGAAGGGAGUCUCAGUAUGCAACUAUAGAUUAAGAAAGGAGAUAAUCUCUUCCCCCAAGUAAUUAGGAGGGGGUGCCAUCUGCUUGCUCUUCCAUUCUUUUGAAGGCACUUCUAUUUCUCUUGGUCCUCUCAAUCCUUCAUUUCCCCAAUUUUCCUGUCUUCCUUCCUUCCUUCCUUCCUUCCUUCCUUCCUUCCUUCCUUUCUGUUAUCGCCCCCCCUCAAAAAAAUAAAUCUUAUUUUCUCUUCCAUGUUCUUUCUUUUGUUUAUGAAAUGUUCAGGGGUGACCUCUGCAAUGACUGCUUGGUGCAGUAGAAAGAUAAUGCUUAGAAUUAAACUUACCGUACAAAAGUCACUAACCGUACAAAAGUCAGAUUAAAAAAUAAGAGGAUGUCACGCAUGCGGUUAGCUGACACUUGUGGGUGUUGAUAAGCAGCUCAGAUACAGAGCUGAGAAUAAAUUUCUCAGAAAAGAUGCUUUGAUAAUGUUCUGUAUUGCACCUUCCCUCCCCUAACCCCAAAAAGUCACCUUGAACAAUAUUCUCCAAAUGUUCUCAGCCUUUCCGUGCAGCUGCUGAUUCUUCCCCACAAAGCCCUGGAAAGGGACUAGCUCUGGGUCAUUGUGGGGGCUAGGUUUGGCGUAUUGUCCCCCCCCCCCCCGAAUACAGUGGAUGCUCAGGUUGCGAACGUGAUCCGUGUGGGAGGCAUGUUCGCAACCCGCAACGCCGCGUCUGAGCACAUACGGGUUGCGACUCGGCACUUCUGCACAUGUGCAAAGCACAAUUUAGUGCUUCUGUGCAUGCACGAAUGCCGAAACCCAGAAGUAACCCGUUCCAGUACUUCCAGGUUUCGGCGCAUCCAUAACCCAAAAACACGCAACCUGAAGCGUCUGUAACCCUAGGUAUGACUGUAUUCAACAACAUCAUUCCUCAGUUUUGUUUUCUGAAAAUAAGUUGGAUAAUUUACGAAAGGAGUUCCUGUUUUGUGUUUUUCAUCAAACUCACUUGCAACCUACAGGGAAGAGGAAGAAGAAAGGAGGAAGUGUGAUGUGAAAAAGAGACACAGCUAGUGGGGGAAGUUUUGGAAGCUCUCCCAAACCCCACCACUUCUCUAAUUAAAAUUACACAUUUCCAUUUUUGCUGCCACCGCCUUGACCUCAACCGCCAUGUUUCCCCUUCCUCUGAGGCUUCUAUCUCCUUUCUCCAUGAACCUGGGCAGCCCCUGAGUUGUUGGUUCUUUGGUGGUGGUGAUGGGGAAGCAGUGCACGGUGGGUCAGGGAUGGAAGGGGAGAAGUAGAGUUGAGAGCAGCGGUGGCAGCGCAGCUCGGGCAGCGCGAUGCCUCCCUUCGCAUCGGAGCAGCCCCAAUCCCAUUCCUACUUGCGUGCAAGCAGGAGGGGAUGGGGAUCCCUCAGCUGGGAAGGGAGGCUUCCCGUUGCCUAACUGAGAGAUCCCUGCCCUCUCCUGCUUACACGCAAUCUCCGAUAGGCAGCGUGAAGCCUCCCUUCACAGCUGAGAGAUCCCUGCCCUGCUCCUGCUUGCAUGCAAGUAGGAGUUGGGAGGCUGCUCCAAAGGGCAGCAUGAAGCCCCCCUUCACAGCUCAGUUGCUGGGGUCAGGGAAGGUGGAGGCCGCCCGGAAGCUGCCUCUUCGAGCCCCUGCACCGCCAUCAUAUGGGGACUUCUGAGCAGCUCCUGAAGCCAGCCAGAGCCAACUGCUCCGGGCUGCUGAGACUGCCGCUGCUGCGUUUCCCGGGGACAUUAGAUGAAAUCCGGGGACAUUCCGGGGAUGGAUUUUGUCCUGGGACUUAUUCACAAAUCCCUGGGAAACGGGACAUCUGGUAACCCUAGCUUAAAGUGGAGUCCUGAUUAUUGCCUUCCUGGGGCAAGGCAGGCUCCCAUCUUGCCCAUCAACUGAUGAGAGGUACGAACCACUCAAGGAGGGGAGAGCAAGAGGUUCAAGAGGUUCGAGCACAACGGAGUCACUCAGUCCCAGCAAUGAUGAGAAAGCACUGCUUUCAAAUAGAUUCAGAUUUUAAAUAGAUUCAGAUUUUAUUUCAAGGUGCAUCAUGACAGCUGACAAACAAGACAAGACAAACAAAACAAAAGGGUUAUUUUGGGUUGCACCCUGUGUUGUGCCUCCACAGAGUUUUACACCUGCAGAUAAACACCACUCCUUUAAUGUCAUUCUAACCACUCUAGCUAAUCACGAUGCUCUUCAUAUCGAUUACACAGGAAACAUCUGCAUAACCACUUCCUGUAGAAAAAGCAGGCAGGGAAAAAGCACUUCUCUCUCUUUUUUCCAUAAACUAAAAAAGGCCUCGACUUCCCCCCCCCUUCUCUCUCUUUCGCUCUUGCCUAUGGCACAUACUAGCCAUAGCAAGCACUGCAUAAGCAAAUCAAAAUGGUGCCUGUCUUGCAUCUGUCUCUUUUAAGAAAAGGUCUUGCAUUUUCCAUUUCGCAUCCCAUGGAAGCUACCUCUCCUCCCCACGGCUGUUCUCAGAAGCAGACUCCGCAGUCCCUUACAACUUUCAAAAAUGGAAGUUGAAAGGAGCAGCGUGAGGUGGCUUACAGGAAGCUGACUUUUACAGAGCCAGGCAAAUUGAUCCGUCUACCUCAGUAUUUUCCACACUGACUGACAGCUGCACUCCAACAUUUCAGCCAGACUUGAGGAAGGUGUGGAGAGACAGUGGUGUGGGUUGGAGGGAGGAGAUGGCCUAUGGAGAGCCCUGAGGGCUAGUCAGGCAUGCCCCACAACUAGGGGAGCGGAUGGCUCUGUGGUCUCAACCAGAGAUGUCCAAGAGGUCGAUCGCAAUCUACCGGUCGAUCGCGGGGGUGUCCUAGGUCAAUCGCUGUAGUUUUGUAAGUGAUCUCCCUGUUGCUCUUAAGCGAUUGCUACGUGCCCCGCCCCCGCUUUGAGAGGUUUAUUUCCUUGCCUGGGUGGCAGAGUUUGGGAAGGCAGGAGGUGAGCUGACUGUUGAGCGACUGAUUUAACACACUCCUUCUCCUAAAACCAACCUGGCGAAUACUUUGCAAAAGAAGCUCAACAACUUUGGCUUCCCUCCCCAAAAUCAUAACAACUUAACUACUGGCAAUGACAAUGGGUAGAUCACAGCCUUUUUAUACUUUGAGUAGAUCGCAGUCCCUUGGGAGUUGGAUGUGCCUGGUCUAAACCACUGAGCCUCUUGGAGUUGCUGAUCGGAAGGUUGGCAGUUUGAAUCCCUGCGACGGGGUGAGAUCCCGUUGCUCCAUCCCAGCUCCUGCCAACCUAGCAGUUUGAAAGCACACCAGCAUGGGUAGAUAAAUAGGUACUGCUGCGGCAGGAAGGUAAAUGGCGUUUCCAUGCACUGUGAUUUCCAUCACGGUGUCCCACUGCACCAGAAGUGGUUUAGUCAUGCUAGCCACAUGACCCAAAAGCUGUCUAUGGACAAACGCCGGCUCCCUUGGCCUGAAAGCGAGAUGAGAGCCGUAACCCCACAGUCGCCUUUGACUGGACUUAACCAUCCUGGGGUCCUUUACCUUUUACCCCACAACUGACACAUUUUAAGCUGGAUAUUGUGGAUCACAGAAGCCAAUCCCAGCUUCUGUUUUGAUCCCGGAAUAUCCCAUGAAGACUAGCACCUUGGCAUGAGUCAGGAAGGCUGCAUCUGACCCUGCGGAUGAGCACCAGACCACCUUCUGGGAUUGCUUUGGCAAUCAUCAAAGGGUCAUCAAAGGGUCGUGCCAAAGCGCCUCUGGGAGGCCAUGCUGGCCGGGGAUGGGGAGGAGGCCAUGGCCAUGGAGGAGGAGGUUGCAGCCACAGAGGAGGAGGACAGCAAAGGUUUGAAGGUGGAGGGAGUGAGUAUGUGGGCAGGGAAGGGAGGGGUUGGUGUUGGUGGGCGUGAGCAGUGGGGUGGUGAGAUGGUGUGGGGUAUCCCAAUUUGCCCUCUUAAAAUGUUGGGGUCCUGCUGAUUUCACAUGAUUCAAAAUCACAUUAUAUGGGAUUAUUAUUAUUAUUAUGACCAGAAUGUAAUUGAAACUAAUGAGAUUUUGGAAUGAAGAAAUAAAGAAAAUCAUCAAACCGUCAAAUCUAGCACACGGGGGGCGGCACUUUAUCUAAAUUAUACAAUUUGGCAUUUGAACGAUUAGUAAUUGUAUUAUAAAUUGGUAUUGUUAUGUUGUUGUUUAGUCAUUUAGCCGUGUCUGACUCUUCGUGACCCCAUGGACCAGAGCACGCCAGGCACUCCUAUCUUCCACUACCUCCCGCAGUUUGGUCAGACUCAUGUUUGUAGCUUCGAGAACACUGUCCAACCAUCUCGUCCUCUGUCGUCCCCUUCUCCUUGUGCUCUCCAUCUUUCCCAGCAUCAGGGUCUUUUCCAGGGAGUCUUCUCUUCUCAUGAGGUGGCCAAAGUAUUGGAGCCUCAGCUUCAGGAUCUGUCCUUCCAGUGAGCACUCAGGGCUGAUUUCCUUAAGAAUGGAUAUGUUUGAUCUUCUUGCAGUCUAGGGGGGAAGGAAGGGGGGGAAGGUGGUCAGGAAAUUCAAUGCGUUUCCUGCUUUGAACCUGCAGCCUCAAGAUAAGAUAAAGGACAAAAGAACGCCCCUCUCUUCCUUAAAUCUUUCUUAAGAUUUUUUUUUAAGUCCCGCUGGAUCAGGCCAAUAAUAGCUCAUCUAGUCCAGCAUCCUGUUCUCACAGUGGCCAACUAGAUGCCUCUGGCAAGCCUUGUGAUUUCCAGAAACUGGUGUUCAGAAACUGGCAUUCAGAGGCUGCAGUGGAAACUGAACACAGCCAUAUAAGAUUCAGGUAGGUAGCCAUGUUCGUCUGACGCAGUCGAAAUAAAUAAAUAAAAACAUGAAAAUGGUCCAGUAGCAAUUACAACCAUAUAAGUUUGUCUAAACUCCUUUGAAGCCAUAUGAGCUGAUGGGUUUCUGCAGUGCUUUUUUUCUGGGGGGACGCAGGGGCAAGCAUACCCCUAAACAUUUUGUGGAUCUAAGUUUGGCCUCAUUGAGGGGCAGUAUUUCAAUAUGAGUAGGAAAAUGACAGUACCCCUAAACAUUUUUUUAAAAGAAAAAAAAAGCACCUGGUUUCUGCUGGCGUGCCACUCAUUUCUCAGCCACAGAUGCAACCGAUCUCAAUAGACAAAAAGGAUAGCAAAUACAUAUAAAUAUAUUUAUAUGUAUUUGUUUAAAGCAAAAUAAAAGUAUAUAAUAAUAAUAAAAAAGGAUAGCAAAAAGGAAAUAGCAACGCCUUCCCACAAAGUGGAAUCGCUGACCACAGAUGCAAAGAAUUCGAAGCAUUUCUGGGAGUCAAAAAUCAACAAGGCAUUCUGGCAGACAUGAGCUUUUGCGCGUUUCAGCUCCUUUCCUCAGAACAAAAAAAGGCUAUUUAAGUAGGCGUGGAAACUGGAGGAAAGCUAGGCGUGGAAUAGGAGCUUCCCAAAUGCCUUGCCUUGCCUUGAUUAGUUGGUUGUAUUAUAAGUUGGUAUUGUUAUGUUGUUGUUUAGUCAUUUAGCCGUGUCUGACUCUUCGUGACCCCAUGGACCAGAGCACGCCAGGCACUCCUAUCUUCCACUACCUCCCGCAGUUUGGUCAGACUCAUGUUUGUAGCUUCGAGAACACUGUCCAACCAUCUCGUCCUCUGUCGUCCCCUUCUCCUUGUGCUCUCCAUCUUUCCCAGCAUCAGGGUCUUUUCCAGGGAGUCUUCUCUUCUCAUGAGGUGGCCAAAGUAUUGGAGCCUCAGCUUCAGGAUCUGUCCUUCCAGUGAGCACUCAGGGCCGAUUUCCUUAAGAAUGGAUACGUUUGAUCUUUUUGCAGUCCAUGGGAAUCUCAAGAGUCUCCUCCAGCAUCAUAAUUCUACCAUACAUCACUACUGGGAAAACCAUGGCUUGAACUACACAGACCUUUGUUGGUAAGGUGAUGUCUCUGCUUUUAAUGAUCCUGUCUAGGUUUGCCAUCGCCUUUCUCCCAAGGAGCAGUCGACUUGAAGGCUUUGCCAGCAUCAGAAACUGCAGAAACUGGCUGCUGGAUUAAUCCCAAAAGGAGGCAAAAAGAAUAAUUAUGCAAGAUAGAAUGAGCCUCAUAGAAAGUGGAGAGAGAGAAGUUUUUCUCCCUCUCUCAUAACACCAGAACUCCACGGAAACAUCCAUGGAAGCUGAACAUUGGAAAAUUCAGGAGAAAACAAAGUUCGUCUUCAUCCAGCGCAUGGUUAAACUAUGGCGCUCUUUCGCCCAGGAGGCAGUGAUGAUCCCCCACUUGGAUGGCUUCAAAAGAGGGUGAGAAAGGUUUCUGGGGGGAGAGGGCUAUUGAGAGCUACUAGCCAUGAGGUCUGUGCUUUGCCUCCUUCUGAGUCACUGGAGACUGCAGGCGGGCAGAGAGCUCUUGUGAGUUUUCCUCAGGCAUCUGGGUGGCCCCUGUAAGAACAGGGUGCUGGACUCCAUUAUGCCCAUGGCCUGACCCAGCCGGGCUAUUCUGGAUGUUCUUAUAUUCUUAUGAAGCUCAGUUUAAUAAACAGUCCUCAUGGUGAACCAGACAGGAAUUCAGGACAAAGGAGAGGCAGGGAAGGAAAUCCCACCCCUUCUGGUUCUGGCUUCCUGGUUGACUUCAAAUCAACUACUGCAGUAACAAUUCUGGGAAAUCAGUUCAAGUUCCAGAAAUCCAGGAAAUUUAGUAGCAGCUGCUGCCAACGAGCCUGUAUACAAAAAUUUGGCGCCAGCUAAAAACAGUUGGUUCGAAAGGUUAUGUAAUUAUCAUCUGCUUUAUUGUUUUAACUUUUAUAUGUUUUAAAUGAGGGCUGUCCGUCCCCCGUCCCCCCCGUUUUGAUUGUUUUAUCUUUUUCUAAACUGCUCUCAGGGUUUCCCUUUUUAUAAUCAAGCAGUGUUUCAGCCCCUCUGUGAUUUGCUUCCACACUUUUGGGACAUUGGAGGACCUGGUCCCGACCCCCUAAAAAUAUUUAGGGGGCCCAAAAGGAUUUGGCUCCCAGGAGCAGCCCUCAUGCCAAGCCAGAGGGGAAGGUGAGACAAAGAAAAAAGAAGGAAAGGGGAUGAGCGAAAUUCCACCCCUUUUGUUCUGGCUUGCCCUGUUGGCUUCAAACAAAGAGCAGUUCCAGAAUAAACAUUUGGCUUGCUGCAAGCAGGGCCGGAUUUAGGUUUGAUGAGCCCCUAAGCUACUGAAGGUAAUGGGGCAUUAGACAUAUAUGCCAUAAGCAGGGCUGGAUUUGGGUUUGAUGAGGCCCUAAGCUACUAAAGGUAAUGGGGCCCUUUAUAUGUCCAGCGAUCCUUUGUCAGCAACAAAUUGUUGCUGUUUUUUGUGUUGAAUAUAUGCUAUAUGGCAAUUUAUAGAUAAUAGGUAUCCAAAGCCAUUUGCACAUAACAAAAUAUGUAUUUUAUCAAAGUACAUCCAGUUUUUUCCCCUUUAAAUUUUUUGGGGGCCCCCAAGAGAGUGAAGCCCCAAGCUGUAGCCCUAACCCCGCAGUGAGUGCUGCCCAGCAUUUUGUCACUCCCCUCAGUGGUGACACCCGGGGCGUCCUGCACCCACCACCGGCUGGAAAUUAGGCUGUACAAAACUGCUAAGAGUUUUGAAGAGACCAAGGACUCAGCUACAUUAGUCAAAACAAUGUUUUGAAUGCGUUAUAAUCAUGCAACGCCAGAGAGCAGAAAGUAUUUCUAUGCGAUUUUUACAUAGCGGUUUUGUUUUUUUGGAGACAAGGCAAUUAAGAAUAGACGUUAGAGAUGUUUAUAAAAUUACAGUCUUUGUGCCAAGUUUGAACGAUUAGUAUUAAUAAUUGUAUUAUAAAUUGGUACUGUUAUAAUGAGGCUAUUAUUGGAAUGUAAUUGAAGUGAGAGCUGGACCAUAAAGAAGGCUGAUCGCCGAAGAAUUGAUGCUUUUGAAUUAUGGUGCUGAAGGAGACUCUUGAGAGUCCCAUGGACUGCAAGAAGAUCAAACAUAUCCAUUCUUAAGGAAAUCAGCCCUGAGUGCUCACUGGAAGGACAGAUCCUGAAGCUGAGGCUCCAAUACUUUGGCCACCUCAUGAGAAGAGAAGACUCCCUGGAAAAGACCCUGAUGUUGGGAAAGAUGGACGACACAAGGAGAAGGGGAUGACAGAGGACGAGAUGGUUGGACAGUGUUCUCAAAGCUACCAGCAUGAGGUUGACCAAACUGCGGGAGGCAGUGGAAGAUAGGAGUGCCUGGCGUGCUCUGGUCCAUGGGGUCACGAAGAGUCGGACAUGACUAAACGACUAAACAACAACAACAACAACAAAACUGAAAACUAAUAAAAAUUUAUAAUUAAAAAUAAUAAUCACAUUAUAGAUUCAAAAAUACAUGAUGCGUUCAUAAGGCUGCCGAGAAACUAGUCCUACUUAUCGUAAUCAGUUAUAAGGCUGGUUUCUCAGUAUUACUAGAUGGUAUCAUUAUCACACAAUGAUGAGAAUCAGGAGAGGAGUUAAUGUCAGGAGGGGUGUGUAAUAUUUUCCCUUCAUUAUCUCUCCCAGCAACAUGGGGUUGGGGGAGGCUUAGUUGAGUAUUUAUUCUCUCCUGUGUCUACAUAUGAAGCAUUACCAAACGGAGUAAAAGCUGCUUUAUGUUCACAUGAUGUUAGCGUUGACAAGACUACCCACCUCAAAAUUAAACAGAUGUCUGGGAACAAAGAGAUCAAAACUAACAUUGAUGUACUCCAGGUGGUGCGCAUAAUCUGGUCAGCCCAGCGGAAAGAGAUGAAAAUAGAAGCAUGAUUUCAGAACCUGUUCAUGCAAUGAUGCGUAAUUUCCUUCCUGGGCUUGGAUUGCAGGUGUUGAGAAACCAAUGUUAGGGUUCCCAUCUUCUGAGCUGCAAAAACCCAGACGCAUUCGGGGCACUCCCCCUCCCCUCCCCAUCCCACAUCUCUGUCCCCCGCCCCCUCCCUGCCCCACCUAACCUACCUUUCUCCAGUCAUCCUCCUUCACUGCCCUCUGGGAGCGUCGGGAGAAGUGGUACGGCAAGGUCUCCACCGGCUUGACAGAAGUGGCACAUGCCGGGCAAUUUGGUGGCUUGGAGCCUUGGUGCUGGCGGCAAAAUGGCAGCACUGGCAGUGGUGGUGUUGCAGACCCCGUUGUGGCACUUCCAGGCCGUGCGUGAAGGGGGUGGAGAGUGGCAGGCCCUGAAAAGCGCUUGCCCUCUUCCACUCUUCAGUGGCAUGUGCGUGCCCCUCAAAAGAACCCAUAUAUAUAUAUAUAUAUAUAUAUAUAUAUAUAUAUAUAUGGGGGGGAGUAUAUCUCUAAACCUGGACAUUUCGUGUAGAAUGCAAAAAUCCCAUUAGCUAAAGUGGUACCUCAGGUUAAGAACAGCUUCAGGUUAAGAACGGACCUCCAGAACAAAUUAAGUUCUUAACCCGAGGUACCGCUGUAGGCAUUUUCUUUCCACAUGCCCCACAUGCCCCCCCCACUCCAAAUCAUUUCUGAGGUGUCAAGAGAACACUAGAACAUUGUGCAUGGGGGAGGAGAGGGGAGAUAUUUCCAUCUGGGGAGGGGGAAUUCCAUCUGAAAAUGUUUGUGCUGAUGGAAUGAUCACCUUGACACAUACCCAAUUCUACCCACUGUGUUUCACCUUUCCAGAGCAGUGCUGAGCCAGAAUAACUACACAGGUACUACUCAAGCAAAAAUGCUGCUGCGUAAGUAUGCUCAUGAGGUAUGCGGGUGGCGCUGUGGUCUAAACCACUGAGCCUAGGGCUUGCUGAUCGGAAGGUCUUGGUUCGAAUCCCUGUAAUGGGGUGAGCUCCCAUUGCUCAGUCCCAGCUCCUGCCCACCUAGCAGUUUGAAAGCACGUCAAAGUGCAAGUAGAUACUGGUAAAUAGGUACCGCUCCGGCGGGAAGGUAAACGGCGUUUCCGUGUUCUGCUCUGGUUCGCCAGAAGCGGCUUAGUCAUGCUGGCCACAGGACCCGGAAGCUGUACGCCGGCUCCCUCGGCCAAUAAAGCGAGAUGAGCGCCGCAACCCCAGAGUCGUUUGCGACUGGACUUAACUGUCAGGGUCCUUUACCUUUUAAGUAUGCUUAUGAGCAAUGCUGUGUUUCUAAAAAAAUGUUCAAGGGUACUCUCACUUUCCUACUCAUAUUGAAAUACUGUCUCUCAAUGAGGCCAAAUUUAGAUUCACAAAAUGUUUAGGGGUAUGCGUCCCCCCAGGAAAAAAAGCACUGCUAAUGAGUGUCCUGGAGAGUUUCCAGCAUGAAAAACCCUAGCACUUUUGUACUGACUUAAACUGUAUUUUGGGUUGAUAGCUUAAUGUUUACUUGUUAAAUAUUUGCUAAGAUUAGGCUCCUGGCUAAGUUGAUCUUUAGGCUGUUUGUUCUAUGUUGAGGCAGAAGUCAACGAUCCAACUCAGCAGAAUGAGCAGAAGCAGAAGUGAUAAGAUCGUAGUUAAAACAAAAUAAAAAAAUUCCUUCCAGUGGCACCUUAGAGCAGUGGCGUAGCGUGGGGGGUGCAGGGGGGCCCGGCCGCACCGGGCGCAAUUUCUGGGGGUUAGGGUUAGAGGGCACAAAUCCAGGGGUUAGGGGGCGCAAAUCCACGGGUUAGGGGGCGCAAAUUACUUGCCUUGCCCCGGGUGCUGACAACCCACGCUACGCCACUGCCUUAGAGACCAACUACGUUUGUUAUUGGUCUGAGCUUUCGUGCGCAUGCACACUUCUUCAGAUAGUAGUUAGUACACAAUGCCUUUAAGGGCAGGUGUCCCAUUAAGACCUUCAAGUCCAAAGGCAAUAAUCUCCUAAAUGCACCGCUGUUCGACCUUUUACAGCCUUCCGUGUUCUUGUUAAUGUUGAGUCUUAUCAGCUCACCUUCAGACUGUGAGGGAAAUAGAUGGCUGAUUGCUGUAGGGUCAGUUCCCUUUGUGGGCGGGGAGGGGAUGGCAGAUAAGCAGGAGGGGGAGCGGGGGGGGGGAGCUGAACGCAGCAACCGCAAGGCUUCAACGGCCAACGGCUCCUCCUGCUGCUAUCAUUGACAGGAGGCUGCUUUGACUCUCCUUCCCCUUGCUGGCAGGAAGGAGGACGAGAGGGAGAGCUAGCCAGAGAGCAAAAAGAAUUUCUAUGUGUUUUUUGCAUAGCGUUAUUUUCUUUUGAAGAAAGGACAAGUAAGAAUAGACAUAAGAGGUGUUUAUAAAAUUACAGUCUUUGUUCCAAGCCAGAGGGGAAGGCAGGAGAGAGAAGAAUGAAAGGAGAGGCGAGGAGGGAACUUCCACGCCUUUUAGUUCUGACUUGCCUUGCCCAGUUGGCUUUUAAAUUAGGGUUGUGUUUUUUCUCAAUUUUAUUUUUUUAUCUUUUUGUAAAUCGCUCUGAGGUUUUUCACAAUCAAUUGUUAUACGAAUUAUAUGAUUCCCAGGUUGGGGAAGGCAGAGACUCUUCUGUGCAUGAGUAGGUUAGGUUUGUUACUUUCAAAAAAUAAUGAAUUUUUACUGCUUUCUGCUACUUAACCAUUUUUUAUGGAGCAGAUUUUGGGCACCUAAACACUUGCCAUCUUUUGUGAAACCAUGCAUUGGCUGCCUCCCAAACAUUAAGAUCUUUCAUUAUUUUUAAAAUCUCAUUGUCUUUUGCAUUCCUCCCUCAAGAGGCUACAUAAAAUUAUGGAAACCAAUGCUCUUUUCAACUUUCCACAGGCAUUUUCCUGCCACUAUAACACUUUUAAUUUUCUUUUACUAUAAUACCUACCUUGCUUCAAGCAAGCUUGUCAUUUCUUAGUCUCAAAACUCAGCAAUCGCCAAGUUGCCAGCAGCUGUUUCUCCUUCUGCACAUUGAGGGUGAUCACAUUCCCCACUGGGAGGUUCUGCCCUUUGUUUGUGGGGUUGAUUUUAAAUCAUACACUUCGUGGCCAAGAAUGUCUUCAGCCUCUAACAGGGUUGCACUGUUAUCUGAAGCAGGGGAGAAGACCUUGGGCAACUGAAUUCGUCCUCUAGAUUCAGGCUGGCGUGUGUGUGUGUGUGUGAGAUUAAAGGCUGGGUGGGGCUGGAGCCAGAAACUGUUGACUUUCGAAAGUACAGAAACUGUUGACUAGGACUUAUCCGGCGAGAUCGAGGAGGCGGGAGAGGGGGGGAGGAAGAGGAGCUGAAUAGCAGGAACCAGUCGUUUUGAAAACAGUUUCUAUCUUGCUUCUUGUGGGCUUGGUAGGCAGCAGAUACUUGUUCCUGCACUGCAGAACCUGGCAGUGGAUUGAUUCUGCCAGAAGGUAAAAAGAAUUCUAUAAUAUAUUGGAGGAGGGAGAAAUAUUGGGAGGGGCAGGAAAGGGAGAUGGGGAGGGAGACUGGGGAAAGGAGAAGGAGAGGAGGAAGGGGGAGAGGGUUUGGGGCUGAAGAUAAACAUUUCUAAAAUAAUAUAAGCAGUGCUCUUUUUCUAAAAAAAAUAUUUAGGGGUUCUCUCUCAUUUUGACUCAAGAAAAGCACCAAUUUAUAGUUGAAAUCGGGGGAAAUAAAUACAGUAACAGGGCAGGACAGAGAAGGCUUAUUCCAAAAGGUGGCUUUUUGUUUUUAUUGUUUUAAGGAAACCCAGAGGGGAAAGCACAAAUCCUCAGACCAAAAUUUGUGGUUCUGCCAAAAUAGAAAAAAAUCUACAAUGUAUAGAGGGGGGGAUAUGGGGAGGGGGAGGAAAGGGAGAGGGAGAUUGGGGAAAGGAGGAGGGGAGGAGGAAGAGUUGACGGCUGAAGAAAAAACAUUUCUACAAUAAUAUAAGGACGGCUUUGUUUGAUUGGGGAGACUCCUAGAAUCCCUCUGGGGGUCGUGAGGGAGGGAGGGGAGAAUGUUCCCUUGUGCUGACAGAAGGUUCUCUUGGCACUGCUAGGAAUACCACCCAAAGCUCUCACCCCCUCAUUCAAUAUAAUGGUGAACCUAAAAAAGGGUUCGGAGAAAAGUGGAAGAAAUUUGCAGAAAUAUGAGCCUCUCUGGAUUAAGCCUGCCAAAUUUUAGGCAGAUCCCUUCAGAGGUUUUGUGCCGGACACCUUUAUUAAAGUGGGUCAGACCUCACUAUUAAGUUGUGGGUGGACAUAGCAGACGACACAGAGAUUUCUCCAAGUGGUUCUUUAUACAGUAGUAAGCCGGAACUGAAUUGAACUCAAACAGCUCAGCCGUCCUGCUUUUAUAGGCAGCCGGCUGUCAACAUUGUAACAGCAACACCCCAGGGUUUCCGGCCUAAAUUAACUGACAUGGACCUGAGUGAAAACUAUAUACACAAUACCCCCUGGUGGCCAGGGUGAGAACUUCAAUACAUAACACUCACCUGGAGCACUGUGUCCAUUUCUGGGCACCACCAUUUAAGGAGGAUGUUGACAAGCUGGAACAUGUGCAGAGGAGAGCGACAUUUCUUUAUAAGGCUUGGAAACCAAGCUUAAUGAGGCGCAGGAGCUGGCUAUGUUUAGCCUGGGAAAGAGGAGACUGAGGGGAGUUAACAGUAGCCAUCUGCUACUCUCUAUUUCUCAGUGCCAGGCCAGUGGGUGGUCCUAUAUUUGCAUAGUAGUUUCCCAAUUAGAUAUUGUUGUAAGUUUAGCGGAGGAGAUGGUGGGGGGGCUAGGCUGCAUGCCUGAGACCCGGCUAAUUCCUAGAUCCAGCAAGGGCUAAAAUCUUGGUAAUGGCCCCUUAGGUAUGGGUGAGGAGCAUGGCGGAGUCAAGCGAGGAAGGAGAUGGAAGAAAGACAGGCUCUGACUCUGAAUCUGACAGGCUGCAGGAGGAAGCAGACCCAGCCCCUCCCCCUUUCCUACCAAUAUAUUGGUUUCCUGAUACAGUUUGAGCAAGUUUCAAAGAAGGGGGCAUAGAUGCUAGGCAACCAGAUAGGCAGAGGAUUGACAGCUCUUCUCUGGAAGGGAUAGAAUUUCCUGACCCUCAAUCCCGAAGAGCUGAAAUGUUGAGAUUGCAAAGGAAGUGGAAAACAGGUUUUCCUGUUGUGACUACAAUGAUGACCCCGAGGAACCAACUGUGUCCAUUUCUGGGCACCACCAUUUAAGGAGGAUGUUGACAAACUGGAACGUGUGCAGAGGAGGGAGGACUGGCGGAGGAAGAUGCAUGCAUGUGGCGUGCAUUGCCCCCGGGACGCGCGCCAGCCCCGCCCCCGCCUGCUCUCUGUCCCCUGGUAGCGUUCCGCCACUGGGAGACCCUUUUUCAUAAGGCUUGGAAACCAAGGUUAAUGAAGCGGAGGAGCUGGCUAUGUCUAGCCUGGGAAAGCGGAGACUGAGGGGAGAUAUGGUAGCCAUUUUCAAAUAUCUCAGGGGCUGCUGUCUCUCUCUUUUUCUCAAUGCCAGGCCAGUGGGUGGUCCUAUAUUUGCAUAGUAGUUUCCCAAUUAGAUAUUGUUGUAAGUUUAGUGGAGGAGAUGGGGGUGGGUGGGCUAGGCUGCAUGCCUGAGACCCGGCUAAUUCCUAGAUCCAGCAAGGGCUAAAAUCUUGGUAAUGGCCCCUUAAGUAUGGGAGUCAAGCGAGGAAGGAGAUGGAAGAAAGAUAGGCUCUGACUCUGAACCUGACAGGCUGCAGGAGGAAGCAGACCCAGUCCCCCCCUUUCCUACCAAGAUAUUGGUUUCCUGAGACAGUUUGAGCAAGUUUCCAAGAAGGGGGCAUAGAUGCUAGGCAACCAGAUAGGCAGAGGAUUGACAGCUCUUCUCUGGAAGGGAUAGAAUUUCCUGACCCUCAAUCCCGAAGAGCUGAAAUGUUGAGAUUGCAAAGGAAGUGGAAAACAGGUUUUCCUGUUGUGACUACAAUGAUGACCCCGAGGAACCAACUGUGUCCAUUUCUGGACACUGCAAUUUAAGGAGCAUGUUGACAAACUGGAACGUGUCCAGAGGAGAGCGACAUUUCCUCAUAAGGCUUGGAAAACAGGCUUCAUGAGGAGGAGGAGCUGGGUAGGAGAAGACGGGGGGGGGGGGGAUAUAAUACAAUAGCCAUCUUCAACUAUCUCAAGGGCUGCUCCCUUUCACUUGUCUCAGUGCUCUCAUUUCAUCAAGUAAAUGUAAAAACAUUACUGUAAUCAUUUAGACUAAAAAGAAGCAAUAUUUCAUAUAUGAAUUUUCCAGCUCUGUAAAUUAGUAUACGUAGGACUACCUUUAGGACUACCUUUGGGGGGGGGGGACUAUACUAGUAUGGAAGCAAAACUGCACCUUUUAAAGACUUCAAUACGAGAUUAUUUAUUUCUCCGCUCUGUAAUUUUGUCUCCACAGAGGAAUCUUGGGGCAUUGAUGCUAUGGCGAAAACUGAUGUUGUGAUGAAUUUUUUUCUGGCAAAAGCACAGAACUGAUGCUUCAGACUCUGAAGAGGCUUUCGUUUUAUUAGGAAUAAAAGGAGUCACGAAGACAAAACAGGGAAGUGGAAAACUUAUUAAGUACAGCUUGGCUGGACAAAGUAUCCGAUUAAAGCACACAAUUAAGUGGUAUUUAAAAAGGGUGUUUUCUCACCACAUCAUGAUCUGCUUUGAACAUAUCUCAAGAAAUUGCAAAACUCUGUGUAACUAGAGCUGAGGAGCAUUUACUGUGAGAUCUGUGGAUCCUCCUGGGAGAAAGAAAAUAUGGGUUUCUCUGAAAUUGAAAAGACGGAGCAAAGGCUCCACAUGAAUCCAGAUGCAGCAGAGAAUGGGGAAUGGCCCAGAAUCAUAAUUAAUGGAAGCACCAAACAAGCAAAAGAAGUCUUCUCUCCGAAACCAGGCCAUUUUCCAUAUGGUAAGUGAGUUCUGAUGAGAAAGGCAUGAGUUUGUCAGAAAAGUUAUGGAUUUGCUGCUGGAAUGAGAGCUGCAGAAUGCAGGCCAACUAAUCAAAUUCAUGGGGACGCUAAUUUAUUCGGGCAAUUAAAAGCCAUUGGAAAAGGAUGGCUACAUAGACACUCGUGUGAAAAUUGAGGAAUGUUUCUCAGACUCUUCUUACUUCCUCUCUCAGAUGGAACUAUCCUUCCUCACGCAGGCAUGCAUCAGGAGAAGGGGGUGAGGCUGCCCUUGAGGAGAGAGAUUCCUGGCUGUUCUUCCUUUUCCCCUUCCAUUUACACCAAGAAUGGAGAGCUUGUCUCUCGCCAGAUGUUGCUGGAUUCCAACUCCCUCCCAUCACUCCCUGCCAGCAUGGCCAGUGUAGACCAAAAACAUCUGGAGGAUCACAAGGUCCCCAUUCCUGCUGCACACAGACCUAGAGAGUCUCAGAUAAGCGAAGAGACCAGGAAUCUGCAAGUGCAGGCGCAUGGUCCACAGCAUUGACUAGCACAGCGGCACUUUAAUGCGUUGUUGUUGUUGUUGUUGUUGUUGUAUGAUGCCCAUCUGAUUGGGUUGAAUGGUAUACAUUACAGUAGACCAUCCUGAAAUUUAUAUUUUAGUGGGUGAUUUAUAAUUUUUUAAAAAAUAAAUAAAUAAAAUUUUCAGCAAAUUGAGAAGCAAACGAUACUGUGCAAAUCCCCUGGCUUCACAACUUUGCGUUAUGCAACACUAUUUCAGAACUUAUCGUUCAAAACAUAUUGGUUCCUCCUUCUUCCAGGAACCCAAUCUGACGAACCAAGUAUUGCCAUGUUUACAUGCUGGUGACAUGGCAUUAACUGGAAAAAAUUUAUCUGCUGAAAGCAGACACUCAGAGCUGCAUAUUGCUGAUGAACCACUUUGCUGGCUAGUCCUUACAUUUGGAUCUGGUUUUCUUUAACUGUCAGUUAUGCCAUCCUUGCCAUAUAAUUAAUAUAGCAACCUUAGUACAUCUGCUAAUCCUGGUUCGUGAACUACAAACUGCUAUUUUGACUUAUUUGGGUGAGGCAAGCUUGAAAAUUCACUAUCCUGUAUUGAAUGAAUAAAGCUUCUUUUAGCACAGGAAAAUGUUCUUUGGUUGAGUACUUCAUUUUAAUGCAUUUUGUUUUGCAUAUUAAUGGAUCUACCCGUGAUGUGUUGGAACCAACCCUAUGUUAUACAGAAAUGUGCAAGAGCUCAAACAGUAUCCCCUUAAUGGUUUGUUUUACAAUCAAGAUUAAAAUGGUUUCGGGUUAUUCGCUUGAGGUUGCUGCACUAGCCUGAGAUGCGUGAACACAAUAUCCCAUUCUGUUUCUACAUAGGACAGAGAUCUCCUGUCACUUCCAUGCUGCCAGCAAAAAAAACUUCCAACUUCUGUUUUGAGGGCAAUUCAGAUGCUCUAAAAGGGAUGGGUAACUGUGACCUUCGAGAUGUUGUUGGACUACAAUUCCCAUUACCUGUGACCCCUGGCAAUGAUGACUGGGGCUGAUGGGAGUUAGAGUCCAGCAACAUCUGGGGGGCUGCAGGUUACUCACCCCUGCUCCAAAGCCCUGUGUACACAGUUAUAAUAUAGCAGUAUAUGACACUGCAGCUCCCUUGACUGGCGCUGUUUUCUGGUAACAAUCUUGGCAGCCAGGGGAUUUAACAAGGCUGCCACUAUUAGGCAAUUUACACUGACAAGCAUAACUUCUGGAAGUCCAGCUUAACAGGACAGAUGUUACAACAGCUGCAUUGCCAGGAGAUAGGCUGCUUACCUGUUCUGGAUGGGAUUACAAUCCCUCUAAAAGUGCAAGUGCUCAGUUUAUACUAACAGUUACAUUUCAAAUUUCCCUGCUUGCACAUGCGUACAUACAUUGGCUAACCGUUAAUGAUUCACACGACGGGUUGUGUUUCCCUCUGUCUUCUGGCAUUGUCCGUGUGGCAUUUGGCAUGUAUCACAUUCCAUUCAGUUCUUGCAGUCCCUUCAACUUUUGCUCUUAAAAACAAACUGGAUUACUACAGUGCUCUGUGUGGGGCUGCCCUCCAGCCCAGCUGUGAAGCUCCAGAUUUUGUAGAAUGCCUAGACCUCUGAUGGAGGCAGAUGGUUGACAGUACAUGGCAGCUCUGCUAAAAUGUUUGCAGCGGAUGCACAAACGUGGCCCUCCAGCUGGAUUGGGACCACAAUCCCCAUCAUCCCUGACCACUGGUCCUGUUAGCUAGGGAUGAUGGGAGUUGUAGUCCCAAAACAGCUGGAGGGCCGAGAUUGCCUAUGCCUGGUCCACAUAUACCAAGACCAGAAGAACUUUGGUCCAGGAUACCUUAAGGGCCACCUGAGCCCUUAUAUCCCAGCUUCAUCAUUAGGAUCAUCCACAGGAGCACAUCUGGUUGUCUCCGUGUCUCAGAAGCCCAAGUGACCUCAGCUAGAAGUUGGGCAUUUAGCGCCACCAGUUCAGUCUGUGAAAGGCUCUUCCAGCAGAGACACAUCAGGCAUCUUCACCUCUGACUUCCAGGUAUCUCUUGAAGACCUCUUCGUAUGCCAGCAAGCCUAUACAGCUGUUUAAAAUGUUGAUUUUCCAGUUAUAUUAAUUUUUCUUUUUUCUUUUUUUCCCUAUUUCUACUGGGUUUUUUUGUUUUAUUGUAUACCUUAUUGGCCCAAAUAUAAGCUGUACCUGAAUAUAAGCCACACCUUUAAAAUUAAAGGGGAGGGGGGGAGAGAAAAUGCUCGCUCCAAGCCCAUUUUUGUAAGGUCGCGAAUAUAAGCUGCACUUUAACAUUUCACGGUCAGAAUUUGGAAAAAAAGAGAGGCUUAUAUUCAGGCCUAUACGGUAAACAUUAUUGUGCAUUACCUUGAUAGUUUAGGAGAUGGUGGCAUGUGAAUACUUUUUAAUAAAAUAAAUAACUGGUGACUCACCAGUCAUGCGCAGAGGCCUAUCAGUUGGCUGACUUUGUGGUGGGAGGCACCAAACCAAUGAGCUUCAUGAUGCCACAGGUGAACUUGGUUCAUCUCAUACCCUUCAAACAUCCCACUGACCAAAAUUGGGACGUUUCUUUUUUUGGUCCCCAGCUGACUUGCACUACAAGUCAGACUCAGACCAAAAAUGGGACAUUCCGGGAUGCAAUCAGGAGCCAGGAUUGGCGUCUGUAAUUCCAGGAUGUCCCACAUAAAUCAGGACUGUUGAGUGGUAUGACAUCUUGGUGUGAUGCAACCUUGAACUCACACCUUCAAUGUGGGUGGACGACCCAAGCCUGGGUAGACUUGGAAUCCCCAGAUACUUUGGAGUUUCUAGAAGGACUUGUCCGGCAUCUUGCUGAAACCAAGGACACAUUAACACUUUAUUUCCCUCUGCAGGUUUGUGCAAGAGUGUAAUAAUUGUGAGCUUGGGGCUUAAUGUCAUUCUGAUCAUUUCCAUCAUCAUCAUCAGCAGCAGCAGGAGUGGUUUAUCAGGUAAGUGAAGAGCCAUUUUGCUGUAACGUCUGCCAGGUUAUCAACAGGCCACAUGCUCUCACAGAUCUUCUCUCCUCAGCAGCUAGAAUAGCUUUAUCGGUGUUCAGUUGAGGUAGCCUGGAAGCAGUUGUGGAUAGGGGCCCACAUUCAGGCAAGGUAGACUUCAUGUACUGUAAUAAUAGACCAGUAUGCACAAACAAUAUACACACACAAUACACACACAAUUUCAAGUGAUUUAAAUUGUACGAUACAAUUCUAAUCAAAAGCCUAUCUCAGGGAGAGUCAACUAGACCCUGGCUGUGUAUUUCAUGGAUAGUCGAUUGAGGUCGACUAUCUAUGGUUGAGCCACAAGAGAAGCUGCUCUAUGUCCUGCAAGCUCCUGAGCUUUUGGACAGAUAUGGGCACUGGGCUGUCUGCCCUCCUCCUACCCUCAUUUCCCCACCCUUAUCCAGCCCCACCUGGAGAUGAUGGGGGUUGACCGGAGACCUCCUGCACACAGUUUCUGUGUGGUGUAUUUGCAAUUAUGUUGUUAUACGAUAUUUUUAUUUUUUAAUUAUUUAUUAAAGAUUUUCUUGUUUUACUAUAUUUUUAUGUGAUGGUUCUUAUGAUGCUUGAUAUGUGUUCCCAUUUUCUUUGUUGCAAGCUGCUUUUGAGCAGGAUUCCUUUUGUGGAAAGGCAGCACACAGAUAUAAUGUUGAUGAGUGGAGGACAUUGCCUGACCUUUAUUUUGGGUAGGACUAUUUAUAAGCUAUGGAUAGUGAUCUGUCUCACUUUCUGAUACCUUUCUAGGGAGAAGCGCAGUAUUGCCACCUGCCCUACCUUCUCCUUCCACUCUAACUGAGUACUGUCCGGACGGCUGGAUUGGCUACCAAAGGAAAUGUUACUAUUUUUCGGACAGUGACAGAAAUUGGACUUCUAGCCAGAAUUAUUGUGCCUCUUUCAAUGCCUCUUUGGUCGUGAUUGACUCCCAAGAAGAGAUGGUGAGUGGAAAGAUACAGAGCACAGUCUGCAGCCCCAAAUGCAGUUGAUUCUACACUUGGAUGAGGGGUGGAAAUGUAUUUUCUUAUUUAUUUAUUUAUUUAUUUAUUUAUUUAUUUUCUUUAUUAAGAGCUUUUUGAGACGGUACAAAGGUCCUGCAGACUACUGGAUUGGUCUCCAAAAGAUGAAUGACCAGGAGCCUUGGAGAUGGAUCGAUGGCACUAUUUUCAAUAACUGGUGAGCAUCCACAAUGAAAAUGUGUAAUAAACAAGUCCCUUAAAACAGUGUAACAGUUAAAAUAGUUUGAGUGAAAAGAUCAAGAUCAAUGCUUGCCCAAACAGGUGUGCUUUGAGGAGCAACAUAUGCAGUGCUUUUUUAAUAUAGAAAAUAAGGUGCCAAUAUUCACCAUGAAGUUCUUACAGCAAGUGCCACGCUUUGAACAUUUGGAAAAGAAAAAAGGGCGCAGGUACUGAGUACCAUUGAGUACCCUCUGAAAAAGCACUACGUAUAUUCCUCAAGGACUACAAAGCUCCUGGUCCUAGCCUAGUGGCAUGCAGUCAAUGAACUAGGCACAGGGGUCAGCAAACCUUUUUAGCAGGUGGCUGGUCCACUAUCCCUCAGACCUUGUGGGGGGCCGGACUAUAUUUUUUUGGGGGGUAAAAUGAACAAAUUCCUAUGCCCCACAAAUAACCCAGAGAUGCAUUUUAAAUAAAAGCACACAUUCUACUCAUGUAAAAACAUGCUGAUUCCUGGACCGUCCGUGGGCCGAAUUGAGAAGGCGAUUGGGCCGGAUCUGUCCCCCGGGCCUUAGUUUGCCUACCCAUGGAUUAGGGGACUAGCCUAGUCCCCCUAAAUGUUCCCAGUAAAUAAGAGUAUUGACGUAUUAAAACCUGGCGCCUCCUUCCCAAAGCCCAAGAAGCUUUUGCCUGGCUUAGAGCGGGAGGCAUGAUGCCUGUGUUGGACGUGGCAAUGUUGCAACUUCACUUGUUCUCCACCCCACCCCAAUCACAAGCUCACGCCACUUGUCCUAACUGUUCCCCUACAAAAAAGUUCACAACACGCCACUGUCAAAGGCACAUUUGUAGUUUCACAAUUGUUACUAGUACAGUGGUACCUCGGGUUAAGAACUUAAUUCGUUCCAGAGGUCUGCUCUUAACCUGAAACUGUUCUUAACCUGAAGCACCACUUUAAGCUAAUGGGGCCUCCCGCUGCUGCUGUGCCGCCGCUGUGCUUUUUCUGUUCUCAUCCUGAAGCAGCGUUCUUAACCUGAAGCACUAUUUCUGGGUUAGCAGAGUCUGUAACCUGAAGCGUAUGUAACCUGAAGCGUAUGUAACCCGAGGUACCACUGUAGUCUGCCUGGAUGUUGAGGAACUGACCAGAAGCCUUCUCGCUUAUUAUACACAGAGCUCCACCUUGUGGUCAGCAGCACACAUAGAAGUUCAUUUUCAGUCAUAGCGCAGCAAGAGUUUGAUGUUCUCUUUCUAGGUCAGAUUCUAAAGAAAAUAUUUUGGUGGAAAAGCUGCUUAGAAAUAUGAAUAUUUGUAUUAUAUGAAUAUGAAUGCAAUUGUCUUCUUCAGGUGAAAAUUUGCUUCCAGGCCUCCCUGCACCUAUGCCUGGUGUUUCUUUUUCUGCUUGGUCUUCUGCUGGUUCCCAGGGAUAUUUCUAUGGAUAUUUUCUAUGGAAUGCGGUUAAUGGGUUGAGGUUGAAUAGCAACAACACAGAAGUACAGUUUCUGGGAGACAGCGGGCGGGCAUGUUUGGGGUAUUCCCUGGUCCUGAAUGGAGUUACUGGGCCCCUAAAGGACCAGCUGUACAGCCUUGGGGUCAUCUUGGACUCACAGCUGUCCAUGAAGGGGCAGGUCAAUUCUGCCAGCUCCAUCUGGUACACCAGCUGAGACCCCAUCUGCCUGCGCACUGUCUCACCAGAGUGCUGCAUGCUCUGGUUAUCUCCCGCUUGGACCUGCCUCAUAUAACUGAUCACAAGAUGCAACACAUGCACACCAUUUGAGUGGCAAUGCCCAUUAGCUUUGGGGGGCAGCCCCCUCAAAUAUUUUAUUGGGGGACUGAAGGGAUCUCGGCACCUAGGAGUUGGCUCCUUUGAUGAUAACCUUUAAAGCUCUAAAUAGCUUUGGCCCUGUAUACCUGAAGGAGCAUCUCCACCCCCAUCGUUCAGCCCGGACACUGAGGUCCAGCUCCGAGGGCCUUCUGGCAGUUCCCUCACUGCAAGAAGUGAAGUUACAGAGAACCUUCUUGGUAGUGGCCCCUGCCCUGUGGAAAGCCCUCCCAUCAGAUGUCAAGGAGAUGAAGAACUGUACAACCUUUAGAGGACUUCUGAAGGCAGCCCAGUAUUGGGAGUUUUUAAUGUUUGAUGUUUUAUUAUGUUUUUAAUAUUUUGUUGGGAGCUGGCCGGAGUGGCUGGAACAACCCAAUCAGAUGGGUGGCAUAUUAAUAAUAAAAUUAUUGUUAUGAUUAUUUCAACAUAUGUUCUGUUUGAAAUUUUAGGUUUAAAAUUCGGGGAGGAGGAGAAUGUGCUUAUAUAAACCAUCAAGGUGUUGCCAGCUCCAGCGGCCGAAGUGAAGAACCCUGGAUCUGCAGCAAACCAGUUCAGAUGACAAAAGGCACUGGAUGUGCACUGAGCGGACCUAACUACCUACAUAAGCACCCCUAACUACAUUUUCUAGGAUUCUUUGGGGGAAGCCAGGACUUCUGAAGUGGCAGUGCUUGAAAUGUAUGGUGUUGAUGUGCCCUUUACAGUAAUCUGAAAAUAAGACCUUCUGGAAGAAGAAGUAGCUUACUGAUGGCACGUUGCCUGCAUUUUGGCAAUUGUGGACAGACAAUGGCAUUUGGAAGCGAAAAUCACAGUCCCCAUAACACCCAGGAGAAAAGAAGCGCACAACAAAUAAGGAUACUUUACUUUUCACCAGAUGUAACUGUAGGGAUGUUGCUUGCCCAGAAUUGGAAAAAUGACAAGAUACUUACCAGGUGGACUAUUGGAUUACGCAGAGAUGGCAAGACUAACCGGGAAAAUCAGAAAUCAGGAGGAUCAAAACUUCAAUAAAGAAUGUGACAAAUUUAUAUCUGAAAGACCACUGUAAACACUUGGACUCUUUGGCAGGUUUCAAAUUAUUCUUGCAAUGAUACAUAGACUUUGGAUAUAAUUGUUGUUGUUGUUGUUUAGUCGUUUAGUCGUGUCCGACUCUUUGUGACCCCUGGACCAGAGCAGGCCAGGCACUCCUGUCUUCCACUGCCUCCCGCAGUUUGGUCAGACUCAUGUUUGUAGCUUCAGGAACACUGUCCAACCAUCUCGUCCUCCUUCGUCCCCUUCUCCUUGUGUCCUCCAUCUUUCCCAGCAUCAGGGUCUUUUCCAGGGAGUGUUCUCUUCUCAUGAGGUGGCCAAAGAAGGCCUUAUAAUAUGAAUUUAUAAAAGUUACUUAAAGAACCCACGGAGGGGAGGAGGGGAGUCUUGAGAUUCGAAAAAAUCUUGUGCAAAUUUUUAAUUUUUUUGUGAUUAGGUGUGUGAAUCAAUCAAUGAAAACUAUUUUUUUAAAAAAUACUUUCCACCAGAUGUGAAAUAUAUAGUAUAUUUGUUACUUUGUGUUUUAAUUAUAGGUUAUAUGUUUAAUUAUAUGUUAUACAGAAGCAUUUCGUGCCUUUUUUGUUGUUUAGGGGGAUGGGAAUUUAAUUGCAUGAUUGACUGGGCAUAUAAUGGAUUGGAAAAAGUGUGUUUUUCUUUUCCUUAAUUGACAAUUAUACUCUGCCUUAUUAUAUCUGUCAAUUUGGCUAAUUCUAAAUAUUCUGAAAGCUUACAUAACUAUUCUCCCCUAGUGGGUAACUGAUUCCCUUUCCAAUACUUAGCCACCAGGAUUCUUGCUGCAGAUGUCACGUAUAAGAAAAUUUAGUUUUGUCUUUUGGAAUAUAGUCGUUUAAAAUUCCUAAAAGGUAUGCCUCUGGCCUUUUACUAUGUGAUAUUCUUAGUAUUUUCUUUAUUUAUUCGUUGAUCAUGCUCCAAAAUUUCCCAAUUUCAGGGCAUGUCCACCACAUAUGGUAGAAGGUUCCUUUUUGUUUUUUAUAUCUCCAGCACUUAUUAUAUGUUUUAUUCAUUUUUGCCAGCCUUUCUAGCGCCAGGUACCACCUGUGAUGCAUUUUCAUAUAGUUCUCUCUUAUUAGAUAACAUGCUGUAAAAUUUAUAUUUUUUGUCCAUAAUCUUUCCUAUUCAUUAUAUUCAAUUGAGUGGCCCAGAUCUUGUUCCCAUUUUUUUAAUAGCAUCACCUUUUCCCUCCUUUUCUAUUUUUCCAUUUUGUAACCAUUUAUAUAUUUUUGAGAGAGUCUGUUGGUUGGUUAUAAGAUUUCCUUCUCCCAUACCGAGAUUUUUUUAUCAAACCCCUUGAGUUUAUUAUCCUUCUCAAAUAUCGUUUUUAAUUGGAAAUAUUCUAACCAAUUCACCCCCCUCUCUUUUAAUUCUUCAAACUUCUUUACUGUCGGGCAAUCCUUUAUCUCUUCUAUGAGUUCCCCAUAUGUUAGCCAACUGUCUUUCAUAUUAUUUCUAUGCAUGGCUGAUGACUCUAUAGGCGAUAGCCACCAGGGAGUUGUUUUAUUUCUUUCCCAAACUUCGAAUAGGGCCUUUCUCACCAAAUGAUUAGUAAAGCCUCUAUGUGCUUUUAUUUUAUCAUGAUCCAGGUAGCCAUGCCACCCGAAAACUUUGUCCCAGCCCUCCAGGUCUAGGAUUUCCAUAUCUGUCCAACAUCCAAUCUUUCAGCCACGUCAUGCAUGUGGCUUCAAAAUACAGCUUGAGGUCUGGGACCGUGAACCUGCCCCUUUCUCUGGGCUCCAUCAAUACUUUGAACCUUACUCUUGGCUUCUUACCCUGCCAAAUAAAAUUAGAAAGAUCCCUUUGCCAGCCUUUAAAACAUUUUGUCCCAAUAAUUAUUGGGAUCGUCUGGAAAAGAAAGAGAAUUUUUGGGAGAAUUGACAUUUUUUAUCAAGGAUAGCCUACCCCAUAAAGACAAGUUCAAAUUAUUCCAUUUAUAAAAAAGUGAAGUGAAAAAGGAAUGGGAGUGCCUAAAUGAAUAUCUUAAAAGCCAAGGUUCGAGGACAGAAAUCUGGCGGAGUCUGGAAUAACCUUGUGAAGUGAAAGGUUAAGAAAGAGGGAUUUAUAUCUAGAUGCUAGGAUAGAGAUGAUAAGGAAAACAGGAAGAUACAAUGAGAGGUAAAGGAGGUGUUGUGGGACUGGUGGAAGUCAAUGUUUGUUUUCCUUUUUAGUGUUUAUAUUAUUAAUUUGUAAGAUAUAGAUUUAUUUUAUAUGCUUGUUUUUGUGUUUUGUGUAUUGUUAUUUUUCAUUUUUUGUUGUUGUGUGGAAAAUACUAAUAAAAUUUACUAUUUUAAAAAAAGUGACAAU